UGCACUGUACAACAAAAGGUCAUCCAUUAAGAUUUUUUUAUAUCAGCUUAAUACCGUUUGUUUUGUGAACUACCAAAUUGCGAGCAGCAAACAAAAGUACAUUAAUUUCCUCAAAGUCGCUUGAUGACUAAUGUCGUUCUAGUGUUCUCAAAGAGCAGAAUAUACAUGAAGAAUGAGGCCACCUGGCCACAUCACUAUAUGACAGUAUAGGUAGGAACCCAUUCUGGGUACCCUGUGGUUACACAAAUACAAUUACAUUCGAUCUACCUUGCUGUUUAUAAUUGAACAGUCCCCAAGCUCCGAUGUGGUUGUAACGAGAGCCAUUAACCUAAUUACACAAAAUAGUAUUAGCUGAGUAUCCCAUAGCCCUAGUUGCAAAACCAUCGCUAGUGGGAAAGGACGCGUGAAAGUUAAAACAUUCAAAAUAAAAUGGAGUAAGUUCAUUUUCUUUGUAAAAUGUUUGAAUUGAUCCCCCUUUUUAUGUUCAUAAUCUGUUAUCUUCAAGUGAUCUUUAGCUAUUCAUUUUAGCCUAGAAUUCCAGAUCAAUGUUUUUGCUCCUUUUGAUUUUGUAAAGAAUUUAAUGUCUCUUGAAUUUAUUUCAAGGGAUGAAAACGAAGUGGUUAUUGUUACUAACGUCUACGGGGACUUCUGUGUUCGGAAAGCCAGAAGGAAACGACAGAAGUUAUUAGUGCAAGAACUCAUGUUAGAUUAUGCGAACAACACCACUCUGCAUGGUCUGCCGUACAUCACCAGAAAAGGAGUAACGCUAGUUGAAAAAAUAUUCUGGGUAAUAACAUUCAUUGCUAGUGUGUCGAUGUGCCUCUUCCUUAUAAGCAAGGUCUGGCUUAAAUGGAAAACCAGUCCAGUAAUCGUUACUGUCAACGAGCAUCUUGUGCCAGUAGGAAAGGUACCUUUUCCAUCAGUGACAAUCUGUCCCCAAUCAAAAUGUAUGACAAACGUAUAUAACUACACGGCUGUAACAAUGAAACUAAAGGAAAUUUCUGAAAAUAACAAUAUAACCAUCAAUGAGACCCUUAGAGAAGAAAUAGCCAUGUAUGAUGAUGUUUCAAGAAUAUGUGGUUUAGAGCGGCAGAAACUGUUUUAUCUGAGUGAUCAAUUAUUUGAAAAUAAUUUGAGCGACGCUUCCGUCGUCCGCCAUUUACACGAGGUAGCUCCUAAACGCUACGAUUUUCUGGACGGUUGCCAUGUUCACGGUGAACCCAUGUCUUGUUAUGAUCUCUUCCAAGAAGUCCUCACAAAGGAAGGGGUAUGCUAUAACAUGAAUUCCCUGCCAGCUGAUGAAAUUCUUCGCAAUGAAAACUUACAACAAGAAUAUAAAUAUCUGAGUACUCGGAAAAAUAUUAGUGGCUGGUCUAUAGUCAAUGGGUACACUCCCCAUCUUAAAUAUUAUUACCCUUUACCAGGUUCGGAAAAUGGGGAAUAUCCAGACGUAGAGAUCGAACUCUUUCACUAUAGUAGGUAUCGCGACAAACUUUGUAACGGUGACAAAUCUGGUUUCAAGGUGUAUAUCCACCAUCCAGCAGAUUUGCCCCAAUCGUCUUUGUACUACUACGCUGUUCUGCAUGAUCAGGUCUCUUCGAUGGCCCUAAGCCUAAGUUACAUAAACACGUCUGAUAGCCUCAAAAAAUACGACGCGGAAACACUACAAUGUUAUUUUCCCGAUGAAAGGUAUUUGAGGUAUUUCAAGAUCUAUACAGCGAACAACUGUAAGAUAGAAUGCAUAUCUAACAUGACCUAUAAAAUUUGCAAUUGUGUGGAAUUUUACAUGCCUCAUGACAACAGUUCAACUUUAUGCACUGCGCGUGAUGCUCUCUGUGUUUCGUGGGCUCAAGAAAAAGUUCUCGAACAAGAAUCAGAUGUACAAACAGCAAAAUGCCACUGUCUACCAUCGUGUACCAGCGCUAUUGACUAUGAGGCUGAAAUAUUGAAGACGGCAUACCACAAAUCACGGGUCAUUAAAAUGACAGCAACGGUUGAAAAUAAUUCCUUUUAUUUUAAAAACACGGACAUUUUUAACAAGUUAACAUUCUCCAAGUUAGAAAUAUACUUCAAGAAGUCAAGGUUCGUGUCGAUGCGUCGUUCCGAGUUGUUCGGUGUGACGGACUUCCUCGCCAACUGCGGAGGCUUGCUCGGCUUGUUCUUGGGUUUCUCUUUCCUAAGCCUGGUGGAAAUCUUCUACUUUCUUACUUUGAGGUUAUGCUGUACCCUAAAGAAAGAUUUGGAAGAAGAAAAGGCCAUCGCUUCUUUGGACAAACCAGACCAUAUAAAAAAAUAUUAACUUUGUGCAUCAC